UUUCGCUGUGGUUUCCAGGCUUCUCUGGAGAGCAGGGGGGUAGGUUGCGGUGCAGGACGUGUGAAGAGCUGACUUGUGCUCGAAGAAGCAGGAGAACAAAAAAAAAAAACAGAGAGAAGGAAAAGGAGUAAAUAUAAGGGAAACAUCAGCGUGUUUGUGGCGGACCGGGGAGACGGCGAGCAGCCGGACGAGUUCUCCGUGUCGUGUUUCGCGGGAUAAGUUAGAGAAGAGUCGCUGGCCGGGGCCCCGUCCCGUCCCCGUGGAGACCUGACUGUCCGUCCUUCUCUGUGUAUUGUCCCCCCUCCCGCUCUCCCUCCCUCCCUGGGUCCCUGGGACAUGUGUGUGGACGUGGAGGCCGCUACUCGGCAGGUCUCCCCUUCUCACUCCCUCACCCAGCGCGCCGACUCUCUGCAGUGACUCCUGUCCGCCGCUUUCGUGCUGGAAGCUCCGCAGGCUGGAAGCGAGAGGAAGUGGCGGGAAGGAAGGAAGGAAGGAUGAGGAGCCGCGAAGGGUCGGCGCGGCUGCGCUCGCUGCUCUUCUUUCUCCUCCUCCUGUUACAGUCCGUCACGAGUCUGAACGUUUGCACUAGUGGCAGCGCGUCCUCGUGUGAGGAAUGCCUUCUUAUUCACCAGAGCUGCGCCUGGUGCGCGCAAGAGGAAUCUGGGAGGCCGAGAACCCUGGUAUCGCGGUGCGACUUGACUCGGAACCUGCUGAAGCAGGGCUGCGAGCCCCAUUUCAUCGAGAACCCGAGAAGCAGCUCCACGGUCCUCAAGAACAAGCCUCUGAGCUCCAAAGGGUCUUGGCCGACCCAGUACGAUGUCAUCCAAAUAAUGCCUCAGAAGUUGUCUCUAAGUCUGCGGCCAGGUGACCAGACCUCGUUUGAGGUGCAGGUCCGGCAGGUGGAGGACUAUCCCGUGGACCUUUAUUACCUGAUGGACCUCUCCCUGUCCAUGAAGGAUGACCUGGACACAAUUCGCAACCUGGGGACCAAGCUGGCUGAGGAGAUGAAGAAGCUCACUAGCAAUUUCCGCCUGGGCUUUGGCUCCUUUGUGGACAAGAACAUCGCUCCGUUCUCGUACACUGCUCCCAAGUACCAGACGAACCCCUGCAAUGGAUACAAGCUCUUUCCUAACUGCGUCCCAUCCUUCGGCUUCCGGCACAUCCUCUCUCUGACCGACAAGGUGGACAGGUUCAAUGAGGAGGUUCAGAAGCAGAUGGUGUCCCGCAACCGCGAUGCCCCAGAGGGUGGCUUCGACGCCAUCCUGCAGGCUGCUGUGUGCAAGGAGAGAAUCGGCUGGAGGAAGGAGGCGUUCCACCUGCUGGUGUUUGCCACGGACGACGUCCCUCACCUGGCCCUUGAUGGCAGGCUGGCUGGGCUAGUGGAGCCCCACGAUGGGCAAUGUCACUUGGAUGAAAAGAAUGAGUACAGCGCCUCCACCAGGAUGGAUUACCCCUCUUUGGCUCUCCUCGGGGAGAAGCUGGCUGAAAACAAUAUAUACCUCAUCUUUGCAGUCACCAAGAGGCUCUACGUCAUUUACAAGAAUUUCACUGCACUGAUUCCAGGAACAACAGUUGAGAUUCUGGACCUGGACUCCAAGAACAUCAUCCAACUGAUCGUCAACGCCUACAACAAUAUCCGGUCCAAGGUGGAGCUGACUGUGUGGGACCAUCCUGAGGACAUCAGCCUGUCUUUCACAGCCACCUGCCAGGACGGCCGUCCACUGCCUGGGCUCCGCAAGUGUGCAGACCUAAAGAUCGGAGACACGGUGUCCUUUAACGUGAGCGUGGAAGGACGUGGCUGCCCACCACCCGGGACCAGCCGCAGCUUCACCAUCCGACCCGUAGGCUUCAAAGACCGACUGGAAGUCUCCAUCUCUUACCGGUGUGACUGCGGCUGCACGGGGCUGACGCAGGCCAACAGCAGCCGCUGCAGUUCUGCCGGCACUUACUCCUGCGGUGUCUGCAGCUGCGAGCCAGGCUACCUGGGCGCGCGUUGCGAGUGCCCGGAGGACGAAGCUAGCAGCCAGCAGGCAGCUCUGUGCCGGGAGGCCGAGGGCAAGCAGUUGUGCAGCGGGCGUGGCGAGUGCAGCUGCAACCAGUGUAUGUGCUAUGAGUCCGAGUUCGGCAAGGUGUACGGUGCCUACUGCGAGUGCGAUGACUUCUCCUGUGCCCGCCACAAGGGCGUCCUUUGCUCAGGUCACGGGGAGUGUCACUGCGGCGAGUGCCAGUGCCACACUGGCUACGUGGGUGACAACUGCUACUGUUCCACGGAAACUGCAGCCUGCCUGGCGCGAGAUGGGAGGAUGUGCAGUGGACGGGGCAGCUGUGUCUGUGGCCGCUGCGAGUGCACAGAACCUGGUGCUUUUGGGGACACCUGCGAGAAGUGCCCCACCUGCCCUGAUGCCUGCGGCACCAAGCGGGAGUGCAUUGAGUGUCGGCUGUUCAAUUCUGGGCGCCUCGCGGACAACCAGACCUGUCAGCGGCUAUGCAAAGACGAGAUCAUCACCGUGGAGACGCUCAAGACAGACGACCCUGGCGCUGUACUGUGCCUGUACAAGACAGAGAGCGACUGUGUGAUGAAGUUCACGUACUCCGAGCAUGCCAGUGGCCAGUCAAUUCUCACCGCUCUAAAGGAACCAGAGUGUGGUGCAGCGCCUGAUGCCUUAACCGUCCUCCUGGCUGUGGUGGGCAGCAUCUUACUGGUGGGUGUGGCCCUGCUGGCUGCCUGGAAACUGGUCAUCACCAUCCACGACUGGCGGGAGUUUGCCCGCUUCCAGAGUGCCCGUUCACGGGCCCGCUACGAGAUGGCCUCCAACCCGCUGUACAAGCAGCCCAUCUCAAGCCACUCCAUGGAGACCAUGUUCAACAUGCACGGAAAGUCUUAUAACGGGGCGGUCCACUGAUGCUUGCCGAGCAAGGGGAUGGGGGGGGGGGGGCUCCUAGCCCAAAGAAACAACGGGGGGGCAGUGGCAGACAUAAGCCAUGUUGCAAAAGCUUGACAGCUGAAGGAACGAACUUGAUAACAAGAACAUCUUUGUUCCUUGGACCUGCGGCUCUCGCAACAAGGCAGCCUGGAUGAGACACCAGGAGGUCACGUGAUGCAUUGCUUUGGCUCAUGCAAGUGAGCGCAUCCCACUCACACAGCCUCAGUUCUCCUGCUGACAGGGCUCAAACGAACUGAGAAAUGGACUCAGGUCCCCCCCCCCCGGAAAGACAGAACACGAGCUCACAAUGACUGUCCAUAAAAGUUUGUACCGCCAGUGGCAAGAUCUUGCAGGAGGAAUAAUGGGACUUUGUGUCUGCUGAUGUCAGCCAGCUUGAGUGACCUUUCUCCCCACGCAACUUAACUUCUCCACUUUUGCAGUGUUUAUAAACUGUGCGGACAGUGGGAUAUGGAUUGUUUAUUUUUUCUUUGGCAAUUCUAAGAAUGCAUUUCAGCUGCAAACAUCAAUGCAUCAUUUCCUAACAAAAGGAAGCUCUAUCCAUUUUUACAGAAACAAGGAUAUCUUGAGCUUGUAGCAAUAUAGAAAUCUUUUUCCUGGCUGCUUUGGAAACAUGGUACUAACAUAAAGAGGUGGUUUUUGUCAGUUUUGCACUUCAAAUAUUGUGACUCUGAUAAAAACACUGCCAUGCUACCCUGUUGCCUUGUUCAUGUGUGCUCAAAGAGCCCUCUCUUGCACAUGUGCUCCUCACAUCUUCAGUAUCACCUCUUUUUUUUUUUUUUUUGUUUUAUUGUUUUAUGUUUGUUUACUUUUCUCCA